AUGAAAAUUGACUGCUUGAAUCAUUAAGACAAUUAAUGUAUUUUCUUGUGUGUUGCUCAAUCAUGCACAAGUAAAAAUAGAUUUUUAUGCUCUGAGUGCAUAACAGAAUAGAAUGAAAGUCAUAAUCACUCUAUGGUUUCUCUCUCUUCAUUGAAUAAAAUGGAAUAAUCUGCUCAAUUCAAACUACUUAGCUUUGCUGACCCUAAAAAAUAAUUGAUCCCUAGCCUAAAAAUGCAAAAUGUUGACGAGAAAGUUUCUAAAAUUACCAGCUUCUAUGAAUCGCUUUAGGAAAAAAUUACUGCUCUCAUUUAAUAGAGAAUGAAAUUUGAAGUUGAGGAUUGUACUAACACUGCCUGCACUAAUGCAUCUCUUUUGAAAUACUCAAAAAUUGAAGAAAUAGCUUAAAUAAUUUUUAAAGCUUCCGAAAGUGGUAAUUAAGCUGAUUUAGAUAAAGCAGUUAAUGAUUUCUUUACAGAUUACCAUAAAGACUCUGUUAAAGUAGAGAAAUACUUGAAUAACUGCUUUUCUUGGGAGUAAAAAUUCUCUUAUGUUGAAGACAACGACAAGAAGGUCUAAGAAAUAGUACUAAAAUUUGAAUAGGCUGUUAAUAAGUUUUCUCCUAACCAAAUUAAAAAAAAAAGUAAUCUAGCAGCUGAAAUCCUAAAUAGCAUUUAAAAUGAAGAAUACCUUUUACCUUCUUGCAUGAAAUAUCUCCCUGAAGAAAAAUCUUUCUCUAAGGUUGAAGGAGUAUUGAGACACUUUGUUGGUAUUAUUGACGUACCAAUUACUAAGGAUCUCCUUAAAACUUCCUUUAAGGUAAAAGUACAUAAAUGCAGAUGGGUUGGAGUUGGUCUUUGUGAAAGAGAUCUCAUAGUAAGCAGAGAUUAUCAGUAAGAUAUCAAGUAGAUAGAUGAAAAGAGUGGCUUAUGGUUUAGCUCUUCUAAUGGAAAUUGCUAUUAAUCAGAAGUAGAUUACUGGCCAUAUGGAGACAGCAACGUUUACUUCCAUGUAGACGAUAUUCUUGUUGUCACUCCUUAUGAAAACAAAAUUGAUUACUAUUCAGAAGGCAAUCCUAAUAGAGUUUAUUCUCAAAGAUUUACUUAUGAUGAAAAUAAAGUUUACUGCCCUUGCUUCGUUACAUUCUCUAAUGGAGAAGAUCAAAUCGAAUUUAUUUAAUGA